AUGGCCGAUGCUGCAGCUGUUCAACCAGAAGAACAAUUAUUUGGUCUUGCCCCAGAAAGUGAGAAAUUUGCGAAAGCUUUAAUUGCGAAAUGCGUGUUUAGUUCGUUGUCGCAACCAUUGACUGUUACCCGCGUUCUCAUUCAACUCGGACACGAGCCAUUCCCUCUCUCAACUGGAAAGACGUUGAUUGUUGCUGGACGUAACGCGUAUUUCUUGCCAAAUGCUUUCAGCUACAUGCGCCAACUCGCAAAUACUAGGGGAAUCUCUGUUCUCUGGACUGGCUUGGAUUCUUCUCUUGUCGGUCUUUGCGUUAAUGGUCUUGUAAACUACCAUGCUGAGAGAUAUAUCAAUGAGCAUUAUCCAAACAUUGGCGGCGAGCCGGAGAAUAUCGAAAAAGAGGAAGACGCCCUUACCGAUCACGAAUCGUUCAAGCGUGUUCUUCGUCAGGCGAUUCGUGAUUCUGUUGUCCGCACCGCUGGAAUCAUUGCUACAAGACCAUUCACUGUUAUCAUGAUCCGCCAAAUUGCACAACUUAUUGGCAAGGAAACCAAAUAUGCCACCACAUUCCAAUCUCUGAAUCUUAUUGGAAACCAAGAAGGCCCAGGUGGACUUUUUGCUGGACUUGCUCCACAAAUUCUUGGUGAGCUCAUUGUCGUGUGGGGAGUUCAUUUCCUCACCUACUCAUUGACGCGUACAUUGCUUCGUACCGAAAUCGGUGACACGAAACAGGCCGAUGAAGCGGGAGCCAAGGCCGCCAAGGAUGCUCACGGCUUCAUCAAAAACGCUGUUCCAUUUGUGGUGAAUUCAUUCGGUUAUCCAUACAGCGUUGUCUCAGCUGUGAUGGCUGUUGCUGGUUCGGGUCUGGCGGUCUCGUUCCUUCCAUACUCGCCAUCAUUCAUCUCGUGGCACAAUGCUUGGGACUAUUUGAGCCCAAUUGGACUCAAACGCGGUGCUCGCUUGUUCCUCCGCGAACAGUUGGGAGCGGUGACCGUUGGCGUCGAUCAACAAUUGUAUGCCAGCAACUCGUAUUUCGCAUAA